GGUUGGAGCUCCUCGGGAAAAGGCCUUUCCAUCCCAACAAGCCAACCGAACAGGAGGGUUGUACAGCUGUGACAUCGCCUCUCCCAGUACACGCUGCACACGGGUCAUAUUUGAUCAGGAGACUGACCCGAAGAUGGAGAGUAAAGAAGACCAAUGGAUGGGUGUAACUGUGCAAAGUCAGGGGCCAGGAGGAAAUGUGGUGACAUGUGCACAUCGCUAUGAGAAAAGGCAGUAUGUAAACACAGUGCAGGAAACCCGGGACAUCAUUGGAAGGUGCUAUGUGCUGAGCCAGGAUCUCACUAUUAAGGACGAUAUGGAUAAUGGAGUAUGGAGUUUCUGUGAUGGUCGUUUAAGAGGCCAUGAGAAGUUUGGUUCCUGUCAGCAAGGUGUUGCUGCUACUUUCACUAGAGACUAUCAUUACAUUGUGUUUGGUGCCCCAGGCACUUACAAUUGGAAAGGAGUGGUUCGUGCAGAGCAAAAGAAUCAGACAUUUUAUGAUCUGGGUAUAUUUGAUGAUGGGCCUUACGAAGUCGGUGAUGAGAGCCGCCAAGAUAAGAAUCUAGUUCCUGUUCCAGCUAACAGUUACUUAGGUUUCUCUUUGGACUCUGGUAAAGGAAUUGUCUCCCAGGAUGAGAUGACUUUUGUGUCUGGUGCCCCAAGAGCCAACCACAGCGGAGCAGUGGUUUUACUGAAAAAAGAGAAGAAUCAGAGAGCACUUUCACUGGAACACAUGUUUGAAGGAGAAGGGCUGGCUUCUUCUUUUGGCUAUGAUGUUGCUGUUGUGGAUCUCAACAACGACGGGUGGCAAGACAUUGUUGUUGGAGCCCCGCAGUAUUUUGACAGAAGUGGGGAUAUUGGCGGUGCUGUGUACGUCUACAUUAACCGGCAAGGCAAAUGGGAAGGAGUAAAACCUAUUCGCUUAAACGGAACCGCGGACUCCAUGUUUGGUCUUGCAGUUGAAAAUGUUGGGGAUAUUAAUCAGGAUGGAUAUCCAGAUAUUGCAGUAGGGGCUCCAUAUGAUGGUCUUGGCAAAGUGUACAUUUAUCAUGGAUCCAAGAAUGGAAUAAAUACAAAACCAGCACAGAUUCUUGAUGGUGAAAAAACCAGCACCAGUUUCUUUGGUUACUCUAUUGCUGGAAACAUGGACCUGGAUAAAAAUUCCUACCCUGAUAUUGCUGUUGGUUCCCUUUCAGAUUCUGUAUCUGUGUUCAGAUCUCGGCCUGUGAUAAGCAUUAGAAGAAGCAUUACAGUACAGCCUGACAGAAUUGAUCUAAAGAAAAAGAACCCUGAGGACCCUAGUGAAAUAUGGAUGGAUGUGAAAGCAUGUUUUCAGUAUACCGCAAACCCCAGUGAUUUAAACCCAAGAAUAAAGAUCAACUACACAUUUGAAGCAGAAAACGAGCGGAGGCAGUUAGGCCUGCCGUCUAGGGUGCGGUUUAAAGACCACCUGUCUGAUCAGUUUACUGCAAGUACAACCCUAAGGGGGCAGAACUCAAAAGAGUGUGUGACAACCAAGCUUGUGCUGCAGGAAAAAAUUAAAGAUAAGCUACGCCCCAUUCCGAUAUCAGUCAGUGUUAAAAUUGCUGGCCUGGAUUCUAGCUCACCGUCCACACGAAAAGAGAGAGCACUUCCGGAUCUUAUACCAAUUCUAAAUUCAAAUGAAUCUGAAACAAAGACCACAAAAGUGGAGUUCUUAAAAGAAGGAUGUGGAGAAGACAAUGAAUGUCACAGCAAUUUGAAGCUUCAGUACCGGUUUUGUGCUAGAGAGGGAAAUGAAGACAGGUUUACUUACUUACCAAUUGAAAAUGGCCUGCCAGUGCUUCUUCUGAAAGAUCAGAAAGAUAUUGCCCUGGAAAUAACAGUGACAAACAAUCCAUCUGAUGCAAAAAAGCCACAAAAAGACGGUGAAGAUGCAUAUGAAGCUAAACUAAUUGCAACUUUUCCAGACAGUCUGACAUAUUCUGCAUUCAGGGAGAUGAGGGGUUAUCCUGAAAAACAGCUAACAUGUGGUGCUAACCAGAAUGGUUCUCAAGCAGAGUGUGAACUUGGAAAUCCUUUCAAAAGAAAUUCCAACGUAACCUUUUAUCUGAUCUUAAGUACCACUAAAGUUAAUGUUGAUACAACAGACUUGGACAUCAAUCUGAAGUUGGAAACAACAAGCACUCAAGUUAAUUUGACUCCAAUUAUAGCUAGUGCUAAAGUGGUUCUUGAAUUGCUUUUAUCGCUCACUGGAGUUGCGAAGCCUUCUCAGGUGUAUUUUGGAGGUGACAUUGUUGGUGAGAGUGCCAUGAAAUCGGAAGAUAAUAUUGGAAACCUCAUAGAGUAUGAAUUCAGAGUAACUAACUUGGGCAGACCACUGAAAACAUUUGGUACCGCUUCCCUGGACAUCCAGUGGCCGAAAGAAAUCAGUAAUGGCAAAUGGCUGCUUUAUUUGAUGAAAAUAGAUUCCAAAGGCUUGGAAAAAGUCUCCUGUCAACCUGAGAAUGAAAUCAAUAGUUUGCAUGUUGCGGAAUCCCAUAACUCAAGAAGGAAACGUGAGGUUGCAGAGAAGCAGAUUACAGACAGCAAGACAUUUUCUUUAUUCUCAGAAAGAAAAUACAAGACCCUGGACUGCCAUGUGAAUGCACGCUGUGUGGACAUAAAAUGUCCCCUGAAGGGUUUAGACAGCAAGGCAUCUAUUGUGCUGCGAUCCAGACUGUGGAACAGUACUUUCUUAGAAGAAUACUCCAAAAUGAACUACCUGGACAUUCUUGUUAGGGCUUCGAUUAGUGUUCCUGUUGCAGCUAAGAAUGUUAAACUCACAAAUGAAGUUGCUCAGGUGCGUGUUACUGUCUUUCCUGCAAAACCAGUAGCACUUUAUACAGGAGUACCUUGGUGGAUCAUCUUGGUGGCUAUUUUUGCUGGAAUACUGAUGCUUGCACUGUUGGUAUUCUUACUAUGGAAGUGUGGUUUCUUCAAGAGAAAUAAGAAAGAUCAUUACGAUGCCACAUAUCACAAGGCUGAGAUCCAUGCUCAGCCAUCUGAUAAAGAGAGGCUUACUUCUGAUGCAUAGUAUUGAUCUACUUCUGUAAUUGUGUGGGUUCUUCCAGCGUUCUAGGUACGAAGACAGUGUCCCCCGAUAUCAUGCUGUAAGAAUUCGAAAAGAAGAGCGACAGAUCAAAGAUGAGAAAUGCAAAGACCUUGAGACAAAACAGUGGUUCACAAAAUGGAAUGAAAAUGAAAGUUAUUCUUAGGAAAAAACUCUUUUAAUCCACAAAGUUCAGAUAGAGGUUAAGGUUUUCAUUAAUGGAAUACGGAUGGAGUUAGACCUAUGAACACUAUGGACAUUCACCAUUUGAUUGUAGAUAUUACUACUUAUACUGAGGCUUUUGUUUGCACAGUUAAAAUUGCUUCAACAGACUUUAUUUGCAUUAUUUGAUUUCCAGACUGCCUCUUUCCUCC